AUGUGGACUGCUCUGAAAGACUGCUUAUAUCGUGCAGUUAGUGGUCCAGUGAGCAGUGUUUCGUUGACGUUUGCUUUUGCUGUGGCAGGUCAGCUUCUUGAUAUUUAUCCAACAGUUACAGCAACUGCAUCUACUUCCACAAGGUACUACUCUCCUCAGUGGGCAAUCGAAGGAAGCAGUGAAAGACAUGAUAGUACUUGCUUUCUGUCAAAGUCACAAACUAAACCAUGGUGGCGUUUGGAUUUUAAAAAUUUGAGAAACAUUUCCAAUGUGAGGGUUGUUGCUGCUACUACUCGAGCUCUUUUAGAUGGUCUUACAGUAUAUGUGAGCAAUGAAACUAGUCUAAUGAAUGAGGAAGCUCAAUGUGGUGAUAGCCUUACUAAUGGCACUGGGGUGGAAGUCGUAAUGUUUGAUUGCAGUGGAACUCUAGUAGGACAAUAUGUCUACAUCACUACAUCUACAACAGGGCUGUUGGCAAUAUGCGAAGUUAUGCUUAAUGUACAAACAGGUGUGUUAGUGCUAGACGUUAACUAUUUGCUUUUGCACUAA